AUGCAAACUAGUUAUUAUGGACCCUAUUCUAUUGAUAAGUUCCCCACCAGUGAGCCAAUGGGGCUUUAUUCAGCAUAUGGAAACUCACCAACUCCUUAUGUUCCGCCUCAAUACCAACAACCAGAAGCCCCUGCACCACCACCACCACAAGCAUCGAUGUCCCUCCCCCAUGCUGUUCCUUGGAUUUCUUGGAACACAAGUCAUAAGACCAAUAGGUUUGAUACUGGUUCAAACUCGUCAAUGCUAUUAAGUUCAGAUACCGGAAACCGCAAUGGAGACCAAAGAUAUUUUCAAAAAGUUCCGAUUAGUUGUCAACUCAUUCAUUCGGAGACUGCUCUCGACUGCUCAUGUCUUUCAGGGGAAAUAGAUGAUUUCAUUGCCUUUGGUCAUGUCCCAGCACCAAGUCCUGGUGGUAUUGCCCAAGGUUCAGUGUAUGCAAAGCAGAGUUUGACAUUGAAAGAGCAGCUGCAACUUCAAUAUUUGUCAAAAGAGCUCGAGAUCAAUGAGAACGAACCUGAAAAUCUUGGCCUUGAUCAGGAAACACAUGGGGCUCCACAAGUUUCUCCAGUUCCAGGGAUUCAUCAGUUGGGAUGUAAAAGAAAGCUUCUUUCUUCAGCCGUUGAUAUGGAUUGUUGUAAUACAUAUUCAAUGAAUCAACAUCCCAAUGUCGUAGCUGCAAAUAAACAAAGAAUAAGGUGGAUACCUGAGCUCCAUGAACUUUUCUUAAAUGCAGUGGAUCAACUUGGUGGCCCUGAAAGCGCCACACCAAAGAAUAUUUUGAAUCUUAUGAAUGUUGAAGGUUUGAAUAUCUAUCAUGUCAAGAGCCAUUUGCAGAAGUAUCGACUCGCCAAGGAUGUUACAGAGCUCAAGCACGAUAAAAGAAUUUCCAAAGUUGAAGAAAAGAAGGCUACUUUAAUCCAAAGUGAUGACAAUAUAGAAAGAGAUAUGAGCGGUAACAUUCAAGUGGUAGAGACUUUGCAAAUGCAAGUUCAAGUUCAGAAGCUGUUGCAUGAGCAGCUGAGGGUGCAAAGGGAGCUUCAGCUGCAAAUAGAGCAUCAAGGACAGCUUUUGAAAAAGCUUAUGGGUGAACGUCUUAAAUCUGAAUCAACUUCAGCUAAUAAGAAAACAUCUCCAAAUGAAAAACAUAUUUUGCCUUCACCAGACACUGCCAGCCUUUUACAGAAAUCCGGAUCGGCCAAGUCCGUUACCGACUGUUCUUCAACUCGUUCACCAAAGCACGAUAGCUCUCAAACUACUGAAUCCAAACAAUGUCGAAAGCAGCAUAGAGGAGAAAGCAGCACAAAACCAACAUCCGAGACCAAGUAGAAGUUCAAAUACUUGUUUUCA